GGCGAGAGAGACCUUGAAAACCCCGACAGCGUCUCGGUGCAGCGGCUCAUUUAUUUGCCGACUCGCGCGGAGGGAUCCGGCAAUCUUCGAAGCCACGGACGAAACGGGAACUUCCAACCGACCUUUGCCGCGUGUAUACUUUCUGCAAAAAGUGCAGGGUGUGGUUUUGCGUGAGCGGCCGAGUCGGCAACUCACGGUUCGCCUCUAUCAGCUGCGCCGAUGUUUACGUUCGACCCGGGAUAAGUGGAACGAGACGCAACCGCGGACAUAACCCGGAAACCAGGAAGUCUCCGCGCUCUUCGAGAUGAGUGCUCCAGCCCGCCGCGGAUCUCGGUGAUGCCAGUUGGUCCUUCGGGUUCUCGUUUACGAUAUGCGCGAUGGCGUGGUGCUUCCAAUGUCUCGGUCGCAUCCGCACGAAGGCUGGACCUUGCCGCGCGUCUCGCGGCGUUGCCACGGCGAAAGACUGCGACGUUUGAAUGCCCGCCGAAGCGGCACCUCGCGCCCACCUUAUCUGCGAACUGUUAUCUCGCGCGCUCCUUGCCCAGUAAUCUCCGGUGGAACCGACGGACUUUCCCGGCUCGGGGGGUGGAUUGCUUCCACUGCGAGCGCAUCGAUUCCGUGAAACGCCGUAUUCGGCCGGCGUCCUGCGCGAGGUCGAUCGCAUCUACCUGAGGAACGUGCGCCAACUGAACCACCGCCGGUAUGCCUUGGCUCCGCCAGCGCCAGUCGUCCCGACUGUCGGCGCACCUGCCCCUUCGGUCGAGCAAGUCCUACCCCAAUAUGAAUCUAUUCCAGGUCAUCUCCGAGGGAAAAGAGGGCGUCCUGCACCGCUACCUGGAGGACCUUAGCGACACCUCAAGGCGUCUGAAGGUCAACGACCGCGACAAGGUCACCGGGGCCAGCCUGGUGCACCAGGCCGUACGUGUCAAGAACAGCGCCGUGCUGGACAUGCUGCUCAGCUACGGCGCAGACCCAAGUACCAAGGACAGGAUGGGGUUCACUCCCUUGCAUUACGUCGCCAAGUACGUACGUCCAGAGAAACGAAGGAGCAUGAUGAUCAACUGCGAAGACUCGGCGUCGCUGAUGGUCCAGACGCUCAUGUCCGCGGUCGGCGACGGGGCCAACGCCAUCGACGCCUGGGGCAUGACGCCGCUGCACCACGCGGCCCUCUCGGGAAACAGUCACGUGGUCCGGUGCCUCCUGCCUUACGCCAGCGUGAACAAGGAGGCGACCGACAAGCAGGGCCGGACGGCGCUGCACAACGCGGCCACCGUCGGGGACACCGAGGUGGUGCGACUCCUGCUCGAGCACGGCGCCAACGUGAACGCCGUGGACAAGAAGGGGCUCACGGCCGUCCACAUCGCCGCCAAGGAAGGCUCCCUGGACGCCCUGCGCACGCUGUGCAGCGACGCCGACAAAGACCUGGUGAACGGCGAGCGUCCCUUGGAGCAGCAGCAGGCCGCCGAGUUGCUCUCCAGGAAAGACAAGCAGCAGAUGACACCGCUCCACUACGCCGUCGAGGGGAAGCACCUCGAGGUGGCACGAUACCUGCUCGAACGGGGCGUGAACCCCGACGCGCCUUCGUGCACGGGCCACACGGCGCUGCACCUGGCGGCCAUGCACUGCGGCGAGGCCAUGUGCAGGCUGCUGGUGGAGCACGGCGCCACCCUGGACGCCCUGGCCGAGGAGAACCGGACGCCGCUGCUGCUGGCCGCCACCAGCGACAGGGCCCCCAUCGUCGCCUUCCUCCUGGACAGGGGUGCGGGUCUGGAGGACUGUGACGUGCACGGCAACACGGCGCUCCUCAGCGCCGUCGACGGGGGAGGCGUGGACGUGGUGCGACUGCUGCUCGCCCGCGGCGCCGAGGUGGGCCGCAGGAACGACAGGGACCAGAACGUCUUCCACCUGGCGGUCCUCGCCAAGAACGCCGACGUGCUCCAGGAGUUACUCGAUGUCCGAAACUCGGAGUUCCUUAUUAACGCCAAGGACAGCAACGGGGACACGCCGCUGCAUCACGCCGCCAGUAACGCCUUUCUUGACAUUGUCCAGCUCCUGCUGAGGCACGGUGCCAACCCUGCCGCCAAAAACAUCAGCGAGGAAACGACGCUACACUCGGCCUGCCGGUACAACUAUCCCAACGUGGUACGGGAGAUUGUGAAGCACGACAAGCGGCUGGUCAAGGAGACCGACAUGCAGUGGAACACGCCUCUGCACGCAGCGGCUUACGGCGGCUUCAGCGAAACGGCUGGCGUGCUGGUCGAAGCCGGCGCCGACCUGGAGGCCAAGAACUACUACGAGUGCACGCCGCUCACCGUGGCCUGCCAGAACGGCGACUUCGACACCGUCGCCACGCUGCUGGGCGCUGGGGCAUCCGUCCACAGCGUCGACAAGAUGAAGAACAGGCCCCUGCACAUCGCCGCCCAGUUUGGAAGGGAGACUGUGGUGAAGCUGCUGCUCAACCGCAGGGAUGUUCGCGAUUUUAUUUGCAAGCGGAACGCCAACAGGAAGAACUGUCUCGACAUCGCCAUUGAAGAAGACCAUAGGAAUGUGGUUGAGGCGCUUCUCAAGAGUUCCUUCUGGAAAGAACUGCUCCAGAACGCGACCGACAGUGAACAAAACGGAGUGCACCAGACGCCCCUCCGCAGUCUCAUCCGCUCCAUGCCAGACCUGGCCACCUUGGUGUUCGAGAACUGCGUGGUGGUGGAAGCAGCGUCGGACGAGGACCCGAACAAGUCGGUCACUUACCACUACCAGUUUUUGGACGAUGCCUUUGCGAGCUACGGCGCCGCCGACGACUCGGGCGACGAGAGUGACUCGGACUCCGGCUCCAGCAUCCCAGUGAGGAAACUGUACGACGAGAGAGGCAACGUCCUUCCCGGCACGCCACUUUACUCCCGAGACUUCGGCACGCUCAAGCACAACCAUCCUCUGAUGAUCAUGGCGGACGAGAAGCGUCGCGCCCUGCUGGGCCACGAGCUGUGCAAGAGCCUCCUGGUGCACAAGUGGGAGAGCUACGGCCGCUACGUGUACUACGGCACCAUGUCGGUGUACGUGCUGUUCCUGGCCUGCCUCACGUCGUUCGCCGUCGGCACGCCCGCGCCCUGCCCGCUAGACUUCCCGCACUUCAACACCACCUGCUCGUUCAUAUCUCGGUUUAACAGCUGCGCCGUCAUCGGAGAAGCAUCCGACGAGGGCCUCUACAUGCAGACAGAGUUCGCCCGACGGGCCAAGACCAUCAUUUUCAUUGUCUCUGUCAUCUUUCUCUUAAAAGAGAUGUUUCAAAUCUACAACACUCGCUGGAACUACCUGGACCUGGAGAAUCUGUCGGAGUGGAGUUGCUACGUUUGCUCGCUGCUCUUCGUCACCAACUUCACGGACUGUUCCUACUCAACUGGCGUCCCCGAGCCUUGGCAGUGGCAGCUGGGCGUGGUGUCCGUGUUCCUCAGCUGGGUGCUCCUGGUCAUCUACAUCCGCAAGCUGCCCUUCCUGGGCAUCUACGUGGUCAUGUUCACCAGCGUGCUGAGCACCUUCAGCCAGUUCUUCAUGGUCUUCUUCCUGUUCAUCGUCGCCUUCGCCCUGGCCUUCCUGGCCGUCUUCCAGAACCAGCCGGCGUUCGACAACCCCUGGAAGGCCAUCAUGAAGACGACGGUGAUGAUGGUGGGCGAGAUGGAGUACGACAGCCUGUUCAAUGAAAACGUGCUCCCGUACGAGACGGCCUCGUACAUCCUGAUGGCGCUCUUCCUCGUGCUCAUGACCAUCAUCACGUCCAACCUGCUGGUCGGCCUCGCCGUCGACGACAUCAAGGUGGUCCUCGAACAAGCGGAGCUCAAGAGGCUCGGCAUGCAGGUGAAACUGGUGCUGACGGUGGAGACGAUGCUGCCCACGUGGGCGCGUCGACAAGUGGUGGUUCAGAAGAGGACCGUCAGACCCAACAGGAAGUCUAGGAUUGCCACCCUCAUGCGACGCCUGUUCGGAAUCAACAUUCACACUUUCCAGCCGGGCUCCAGAGAAGAGAAGUACACGGUGGAGAAGGUUUACGAGCACCAGGAGGGGAUGGAGCGCCUGCUGCGGCACCUCGAAGAGCGGAUGGACAUCCUGGCCCAGCAGGGACAUCGGCUCGAGAAGGCGCUCAACGCGCUCGGGCAACGCGCCCGGGGCGGUAGCGAACGCGGCUCGACGGGGUCCACGUCCCCCGACGACGUCUGACGCCCGGACUCUCUGUACAUCCGCUGUCCGACUGAGCUGCCGGGUGUAAUAGACAUUCUACACCGCGGUCUCACCGCUAACACGUCAUACAAAAGACUGUAUAGAGGCACCGUGCUAGGCGUGUUUGUUACUCGUAUAGUGGUCCUAGUCACAUUAGACGUACGAAAACUCUCUGCAGACAUCUUGAAGCCUACAAAUGUACGAAGCAAACGCGCUUUGAACAAGCUACAGACGGGCCCGCAGAACCUUCUGUCAUGGCGUCUGCAGCAAACAGAGUGUAGUUUGUACGGUGUACAAGACGUCCGACUGCGGCUUUAGGGUACCACUUGAGGCAGCAUCGACUCGACGGACGCCACAAUUUCAGCGUCGCUUCCAGAACAAAGCUUACCAUUGGACCUUGGUACACACCGAUAGUAUACGCAGCGCUCGUUUACGAUGUAUGCUCGGGAUAUGUGCUCACAAAGCGAUGGACUCUCAGAAGCUACUAUACAACGUUACUCGAUCAACUCAGUUGGCAAACUCCCACGGAGAGCGUGAUCCCUUCUAAGACACGCGCUGACACACGUCAGUUUCCGCUGAUAACCACAGAUUCGGAAAUGCUGUUUGAAGCGUCAUCCUUCUUGCCCGCUGCGGCCGUGUUUUGAACUGCUGUUGCAAGACACGCCGCGGCGAGCAAGAAGGUUGGCGCUUCGAGCAGUGUUAGCCCGGCUGAGGGGUACGAGGAGGGAUCACGCUCUCCGAGGGAGUUUGCCAACCGAGUUGAUCGUGAUCGAGUAACGUUGGCUACCAUGGGCGUACCAACCGGGUGGGCAAGGGGGGCGCUCGCCCCCCUCUUCCCCCCCCCCCCCGUUCUCAGAGUGGGGGAGGGGGGGGGGGCAAAACAUGUGUUUUGCCGCCCCCCCCCCCCCCCCCCCCCCUGAAACAGCCGCCGCUGGGCCGCGCAAACACUGGCCGGCGGCGCCCAAGGGAUACCAAUGACAACCCCCCCAGGGAGGGGGAAUCUGGUUUGCCCCCCCCCCCCCCCCCCCCACCCACUCAAAAACAAGUUGAUACGCCACUGUUGGCUACCAUACACUUCGUUUCAUCCGUAUACGUUGGAGCUUAGUCAAUGGCUCAAGGACAUACAAACACAUACGCGCAGACUGAAGCUCCAAGAUCACUGCGCACCCUUUCUGUCCAUUGGAUGAGCCGGCGAUGACACACGGAAGGAGAGAAAGAACGCCAUGAGGUUGCGGUUUUGGCGCUGCCUGAUCGGUCCCGUCGGCAGGUUGCGUUGGCUACGCUCCGACGUAAGGUACGACAACGUUACAGAUGGCAGGCAACUUUUAAAGAGGGUGGGUAUUUUCUGCCACGCGUAGGCGAGCGGCUCGGUGUAAGUAUUGAAACCGCACAAUCUACUAACAAUUAGCGAGUCAAGACGACGUAUAUCCUUUAAUGGAACCUGCCUGCAUUCCCUGAAAACAGCGAGAGUGCAGAACUGUACGCGUGUUCUGCAUCACCCUCUGCUUCCUUUUUAGUGUUGACAAAAAAGUAUCGUGAACGGUCACAGUUUGCACAUCAGGGUAUUAUAGGCUUCGAGCUGAAGAGCUUGAUGUGAAGCUGCGGUAUACUACUAAAGAGCCAACAUGAUUCCAGAACGUUGCCUUAUUUUUAUGUCAAGACAUAUAUCAGGCGCUUGUCGUCGCCAGACAUCAUUCUUUAUGCGGGUAAAAGCUGAGGGAGAGGAGCAGAUGAGAGUGCGUGGGAACGCAAAGCUAGCUGUGUUUGUCUCUACUCGGUGUUCGAACGCGUCCAAACGUGAACGCUGGACGCGGGCGAACGAACGCGUUUGAACAGUGAGCAAAGGCAGAUAGCUUCGCAUCUACCCACUGAUCCUUCCAACCAGAGCACGGCGCUCUGGCGCCCCCAAGCGUUCUCGCCAUUUCUUCUCCCUCAGUUUGUGCCCGCUAGCCUUGAAUGACGCGCCGUCUUAAAAACUGAACAUGCUAGCAUGAUAGGUAGAUAUUGGGAUACAUAAUCACGAUGAACAUAUAUAUAUAGGGAUAUGUAUGUUUUAUACACAACCAGCGUGAUUUACACUAGAACAUACGAACACUCUAGUCGACUAUAGGUCAGCAGCUUAGACGUCGCUUUUCAUUUUUGCAUCGAAGAGAGACGGAUUCUUAAAAAAAUGGAAUGUCUGUGAUAAGGUAAACUCCCUUCAAUUCAUUCCCUUCUAGCGACUAUAGUUCAGAAAUUCCAACUUGUUUUAUCGAACGAAGUGCAAUAAACUGUCUACGGUAUUAUUACAGGUA